AGAACCUCCGUACUUAGUUCAGUGAAAACGAAGGAUACACGUGUUUAUCGUUAAAAAAUGUUUGCGGAUAUCAAAAAUACACCGAGCGAAACUAUCAAAUCCGAAGAAGAAGUGAAAAUGGGCCCUGGACGUUUGAGAAGGAUCCUUAAGCGGAUAUUGCGUGCUUUAAGUUCGAAAAAUUCAAGGAAAGCUACUACGAGCAUGCCGAAUAACAUAAAGGACUACGCAAAUAAUGUAGUGGAUGAUUAUGCAACUGUGAUACAAAAGGCUGCUUGUGAUCGAUCCUUCCUGCAGAGUUACUACGAAAUCGACCCUUUCAGCGAUGAGGAUCCGGAAAUUGUGGAGUAUGAGAGCGCGACCGAUCUUCUAUGUGAAUUCGAGGAUGUCUACUACUGCUAUGAGGAGGAAAAGGAAGUUAUAAUUCCUGUCCAUUAUGCUAGAACCGACGCAGGGACAUUUUUCUGGACUGCAGCGCAAAACAGAUACGAUGACGAUCUUAUUCAGUCACUUUAUUGUAGUACGGAAAAUCAAAUGGCAGCAGAACAGUGGCGGUGA